AUGACAAAUGUUUCCAUAAUAACUUACGCUGCUUUUGUUCUUGCAUUGAUCUUCAAAAGUAAUAAUGCUAUGUUGAUGCCAUUCCUGAUAGACGCAAACGCAAAUUAUUGUAAAUCAAUUAUGAAUUACAUGGAGGCAGAGUGUCAACGGUAUUUUUUGGAUGAUAAAUAUUCACAACCAGAUUAUUCUUGUUGUUCUGCAUUUCAAGUUGUUGCAGCACACGCUACAAGUUGCAGUUGCAUUUGUGAUACUAUAGAGGAUGAUAACAAUUUGUCAAUGGAGGCCAGAAAGAUACAGAAGCUCCCUACUAUUUGUGGUUUAUCAUCACCCCCUUGUCCGAGUCCAGGACCCAGUCAUGCUCCAAAUUCUUCAGAUGAUAAUUCAAUUCUUGUUUAUUUGUUUAUCGUGCUUUCUAUGUUGAUUAUAGGUUGUGCUGUAUAUGCAGAUUGUUCUAAAGAUGGGAUUUGA